GCAUCUCACAUGCUUUGGCUUCAGCUUCCCUGAGGAGUGAGGUGGCGCCACCUGUCUUCACUUGCUCUCCGCAACACCAAUCUCCUCGGUUGCAUCGCCGCAACUGCUCUCAGGCGUCGCAGGAGCACGGUAGAUAAGCCUCCAAGACUUCAGAAAAGGCUUCCCAUAGUUAUCGAGGUUCAUUUUGGUUUGUCGAGCAUGGCUACAGCAACAGCAUCAAAGCUCCAAAUGGCUACAUUCAGGCCCUAUGUACCUUCCUGCAGGCUUGGGAAUCCAGGGUUUGCUGUGGUUAGAGCUGACUUCGGAGGAUAUUCGAAGAUUAAGCUCUCGAGCUCUUCGUUUAUAUCAUCAGCGCCUACAAUGACUAGGUACUUUGUGAAGCAAGCUGAGAAGCGUCAGAGGGAUGUCACCAAAGCUAUGGCUGGCGCCAAUGGAAAUGCUUCCUCCGCUGUUUCUUCUCUUGAUCUUAGAGGUAAAAGGGCAUUUAUUGCUGGAGUUGCUGACGAUAAUGGUUAUGGCUGGGCAAUAGCAAAAUCCCUUGCUGCUGCUGGAGCUGAGAUCCUGGUUGGAACUUGGGUACCUGCGCUUAACAUCUUUGAGACAAGCUUGAGACGUGGAAAAUUUGAUGAAUCACGUUUAUUGCCUAAUGGUUCUUUGAUGGAAAUAGCCAAAGUCUAUCCCUUGGAUGCAGUUUAUGACUGCCCUGAGGAUGUUCCUGAAGAUGUCAAGGCAAACAAAAGAUAUGCCGGAUCCUCAAAUUGGACAGUUCAGGAGGUAGCUGAAUGUGUUAAACUUGAUUAUGGAACCAUUGAUAUCCUUGUACACUCUCUAGCUAAUGGCCCAGAGGUAACAAAGCCAUUGUUGGAAACCUCAAGGAGGGGAUACCUAGCAGCGAUUUCUGCAUCAAGUUAUUCUUAUGUUUCUUUGCUCAAGCAUUUUCUUCCAAUAAUGAAUCCAGGUGGCUCUUCAAUAUCUCUUACAUAUAUUGCAUCAGAACGAAUCAUUCCAGGGUAUGGUGGUGGCAUGAGUUCGGCAAAAGCUGCCCUCGAGAGUGAUACAAGGGUACUCGCUUUUGAAGCAGGAAGGAAGCACAAAGUUAGAGUGAAUACCAUAUCUGCUGGGCCAUUAAGGAGUCGUGCUGCUAAGGCCAUUGGGUUCAUUGAUAUGAUGAUUGACUAUUCAAUUGCAAACGCACCACUGCAGAAAGAACUCCUAGCAGAUGAGGUUGGCAACGUAGCUGCAUUUUUAGCAUCACCAAUGGCUUCUGCUAUGACUGGGAAUGUCGUGUACGUUGACAAUGGUUUGCAAGCAAUGGGAGUGGGAGUGGACAGCCCAAUAUUCUCAAAUCUGGAUAUUCCUACAAGUGAGAAAACCAAAGCUUUGGCUUCAGCUAUCUUCCACUGAGAAAGACCGCCCUCACAUCACAUCAAAUUUUGUGUCAGAGAGGCAUGCUCAUGCCCGUUUUGCACUUUAGCAGCUGCUUGGUCACAAUUUUUUGUUCUUUUAGAUCCAGGAGUGAAACUGUUCAUUGUUACGAGGACUUAUGAAAAAGAUUGGACCAUUUCUUGAGAAGAAGAUCUAUUUUCUUCUUCUGGUUAUAUGGAAUAUUUAUUGUACUUCUUGGAUGUUAAAAUGCGCACCAGAUACAUUCCGCUGCUAGCUAGCAUUUUUUC